AUGGAGUUUUGCACCUUAGACAUCACCGUGGUUGCUGCAUCUGAUCUGAAAGAUGUGAACUUGUUCAUGAAAAUGGCUGUGUAUGUGGAAGUAUACAUUAGCAGUGAACACGAAGAAUCAUCAAAAAGAAAGCGCAAGACUCAUAUGGACAGGAGUGGUGGCUGCUAUCCAGAAUGGAACCACCGGUUCAAGUUCACUGUUGAGAGAACUACCAUGUUCAAAAGUUUCAUCAACUUUCAUCUCAAGGCAGAAUCUGGUCUCGGUGAUAAGGUUGUUGGAGUGGUUUGCAUUCCCCUUAGGGAUCUUCUUGAAGAUUCCAUAGACAACAAAACAUCUCACGAAAUUGAGGCAGAAUAUCAGGUCAUGACACCGGAAGGAAAGGCUAAAGGUAGCCUUAAAAUAUCGUUUAGGUUUGGAGAAAACUCUGUACAGCAGGUUCAGGGUAUUUCAACUGUCAGAAAGAUGAGGGCUUCUGUAUUUCCAGAUAUAUAUCAACCAAGGCUAACAAAUAGAUCUGAUGUUGUUGCUAAUGGCGGUUAUUAUCCGGCACCAUAUGCAUUUUAUUCUCAGCCAGGGAUGGUGCCUGUUCCCCCAGGGUACAGCUAUCCAGGAUAUGGUGGUGGAGAAUAUAUGUAUGAUCUUUAUCCUCAAACCUAUUACUCGCCACCUCUCGGUGGAUAUAGCUAUCCUGCAGGACUGUCAGGACAGCCUGUAGCAUAUGCAUAUAUGCCUGUGCAACAUCCUAAUCCCGUGCAAGAACACUCAUUUCAAAAGAAUAUAAGAUCGGGACCUCGCAGCAUUACUGGGAUGGGACUAAGAGCAGACAUGUGGGGAGGAUUUUUUGUUGGAGAUUCAGUUUCAGAAGCGGGAAAUUUGGCGUUAAAAGAAGUUGCAGUGGCUGACAGUGAGGAAAUAAAUUUUGGAGAAAUAGCAGGCAGUAACAUUAGCUUUCAAAAUGAUGUGAAGGCCAACAUAGAGAACUUGGAAAAUCAAUUGACUCAGUUGGCCUCAUCACUUGCAAAGCUCAAGGCCAAGGAGGAGAAGGCAUUAGAUGGAGAGACGAGUACUACAUCAAACUAA